AUGCCAUCCUUCUCCAACGACGUCUCCUAUCAAACCCCCACUCAUCCUCACUCCUUCGAUUCACCUCGCAAGUCGCACGACAAAACUCCUGUCAGAAACACCUUCCUGUGGACCAACUGGCCCAACGGCGACGCGAACCACGACGCUCCCCAGAAUGACCGCUAUCUCACCAAUCUGAAGAAUGGCAGCGCCUACUCGCUGAAUGGCCCCCGGUCGAGUGUCAGUUCCUACACGCGUGAUCCGCCGCAAUCCAACGGCAGCAUGCACUCUCUGGGCAAUGGAUCGGUCCGGGAUCCUCGAGAGUCCGGUCGGCCGUCUGCCAUGUUGGACCGGAAGUCGUUCGACGCGGGUCCCGGAGCGGGCUCCACGACCGCGUCUAUCUCGAGCCAACCGGUCAAUGGGGUCUCUGGCACUCCUCGGUCGUUCCCUGGGAAGCUGAUGGUCAACGGGGAUUCCCAUCGCCCGUCCGCCGAUGAGCCCUCCAUCUCAGACGUUGCAGCCAGCCCAUCGGCCUCGUUUUUACAGAUCCCGCAGCCAGAUGACACCGGCCGUCACUCCCCAGAUCCCGAUCGCUUAGCCCCGGGCUCGAAACAUAGCCAUCACCGCCACUCCUCUCCUCCAGCCCCUUCGGUGGCCGACGGUAGCCUGGCCUUAGACCCGCAGAGCCCCAGUGCACGGCAUCGACAUUCGCUGCAGGUACCCAGAGCCCCGAGCGUUCGGCGCACCAGCCGAGAGUACACCGAGGACACUGCGUUCAGCAGUGGCCGGUUGUCCCCGACGACGGGUGGCAUCCGGCGCACCUCCAUUGGCCUGAUUCGACGGGCAACGAAAACCCAGUCGGAUGGUCCUGCCGACGAAGCACUGCCCGAUGAAGAUGCGGCCCGCUGGGCUGAAGCCAUCAAGCAAAAACGAGCCUCGCGACGGCGACGGGAGGACGACGACGACGAGCGGGUCAUCGUGGGGACCAAGGUCGAUCAGAACCAUGUGAAUUAUGUCACGGCAUAUAACAUGUUGACUGGAAUUCGGUUCACAGUGUCGCGAAUCAAUGCGAAGAUGGAUCGGGAACUCACCCUUGCGGACUUUGAAGCCAAGCACAAGUUCUCCUUUGAUAUAACGGGGAAUGAGUUGAUUCCUUCCGCCAAGUACGACUUCAAGUUCAAAGACUACGCCCCGUGGGUGUUCCGACGUCUUCGCGCCAAAUUUCGAUUAGACCCCGCCGAUUACCUGAUGUCUCUGACGAGCAAGUACAUCCUGUCGGAACUAGGCUCGCCUGGAAAGAGUGGUAGCUUCUUCUACUUCUCGCGAGACUACAAGUACAUCAUCAAAACCAUUCACCAUGCGGAGCACAAGCUCCUUCGAAAGAUUCUCCCCGAGUAUUAUCGACACGUGGAAGAGAACCCCAACACUCUGAUCUCGCAAUUCUAUGGACUGCACCGUGUCAAGAUGGCCUAUGGUCGCAAGAUCCACUUCGUCGUCAUGAACAAUCUGUUCCCGCCCCAUCGGGAUAUCCACCAAACGUUCGACCUGAAGGGAUCGACAAUCGGCCGGGAUUUGCAGGAGUCGGACCUGGAGCGCAAUCCGCGAGCCACGAUGAAGGAUCUGAACUGGGUUCGGCGGAAUCGUCACCUGCAGUGUGGCCCCUCCAAGCGAGAUUUUUUCAUCGAGCAACUCAAACGCGAUGUCGAAUUGCUUAAGAAACUCAAAAUCAUGGACUAUUCUCUGUUGGUCGGCAUCCACGAUGUUGAACGGGGCAAUGAAGAAAAACUGCGCGACAAGACCCUCCAGGUCUUCCAACCUGGCGGUACGCGCGAGGAGGACACCAACCCCAAUAUGCUGAUGCGCACCCCGUCGAAAUUGGAGAACGAACGCAAGGCGCGGGAGCUUCGUAUGCUGAUCAAGCGCGAGCGACCGGUGCCCUUGGACAAAGCGGCGGCAAAGAUGCCCGAAGAGAUACUUGACGAGCGCAAGUAUCAUGUUUUCUACGCGGAUGACGGGGGCUUCCGAGCGACCCAUGAGAAUGGCCAACCCGGUGAAGAGAUCUACUACCUCGGGAUCAUCGACUGUCUGACUCACUAUGGAAUGACCAAGAAGAUCGAGAAUUUCUUCAAAGGCCUAUCCAAUGACCGUACUCAGAUUUCUCCUAUCCCUCCCGAGGGCUAUGGAGACCGCUUCAUUAAUUUCAUCAAAGGAAUCACCAUGUCCAAGGAAGAAGUGGAACGACGACGAGACUCCCAUGCCUCCGGCCGGCCGUCAGGCGAGAAGAGACGAUCUAGAUCUUCAUCUGUCGAGCGGACGAUGCAAGCAGCUGAGAAGGAGGCAGCAAAAGACGUGUCUGUUACACACCCUCGCACAUUAGCCACUGUCUGGGAUCCUGCAGAUGCUGGCGGCCCUGGUCCGACCUCGACUCUUCCGAUUGUGGAUGAAGCGGGCGAGGCAAGCAGUGUCGGGGGCCACAGCCAACACAGCCGACAUGGCCGGCCUGUUUCUGAUAAGGAUCUACCACCCGUCCCCCAGAAUGACCGGCCGCAACCAUCCAGCAAAGGCAAAGAGACUGAUUGGGGUAAGGGCUGGCCUUUGAGUCCGAACCACCAAUAA